GUUUUUUCUUUUUUGCAGCGAUUAGUUUAUAUCAAUAUUUGUCUUUUUUUAAAAUGGUAAUAUCUGAUAUCAGUAGUUUUGACAGUUUUAGUUUUGUUGACAUUACCAGCAAAGAGAAUAGUAAUAAUAAUGACGGAUUUUUUUUAGAAAAAAAGUGAUUUUGUAAACGCACUUUAGUAAUUUUUUUUAUAAAUGAUUAUAAUAUAGAAAUUAUUUGCACUUACUCCUUCACCUUCUUAAUUACUAUUCUUAUUGUUGCUUAUCGAAUGUUUGUUACUUUUUUCGGCUGAGUGUAUAUAACAAAUAAUAAAUGAUUUAAAAGAAAGUCGAUUGAUUACAGACAAUGUAGUUGUGUUUUGUCUAUUGUUUAUUAUGUUAAGUGAUGAUUAGAUUUUAAACUUCAUGUGUUUCAGUUUAUUUCAUAUUUUAUCAGAAAUUGAUAAUCGUCUAAUUAACUAGUGUAUAGGAUCUUUAUAUUCUUCCUUUGGUGUAUAUCUGUCGACAUAAGUAGUAUUUGGUACCAAUCGGAAGUAGAAAACCGUGAAGCAGAAGACUAUGAAGGUCGACUGGAAGAAAACAGAAACGGAAAUACGAAAUAGUUGUGACUUGGAAGCAUCAUACAGAAUUUGAAUAAUAAAUGAUGGAUUUAAAUACAUUGGUUGUCCCCAUCUGCAUUCUCGUUCAGUACACUCCUUCUUUGGACUUUAUAGAUUAUUAAGAGUAUUUAUUAUUUUUAAUUCAUGAAAAUGUUUAAAUUACCUACUACUAUUUGAUAUCUAAAGAAUGUUUGGAACAACUUUGUCGUGAGAUAGGUUUUAGGGAUUCUUAAACUCUAUCUCAACGCUAUGAACUUCUAUAUUUAUCAGAUUUUAACCCAAAUCAGUUUAUCUUCUUUGAGAUUCUAUGUUAAGUUUCUUUCUUUUUUUAAUACUUUCCUCGAAUUUGUUGACGUUUUAUUAUUUUCGCUAGACUACCUUUUAUACAUUCUUUAGUUCUUUUGCUAACACUAAACAUCAAUCAUCCAUUAUAAUUCAAUUGAACAAUAUAUACAUUCUUUCUUGAUGGAAAUUCGCUAAUUGUUAACGAUUUUUUUCAUGUUAAAAUGUAUAAUAAUCUAGAUAUGGUGAUUCAGUCAAAUUCAAUAUUAUGUUUAAGGAAUUUCUACGGAGUAUUUAAUUCUUUAUUACGAUCUGUUUCUACAACAGGAUCUGUUAGUAAUGUCAACAAUCUUUUCAAUUUCAAUCAGUGGCGUAUUUUGCAGAUACCAUCUCGAAAUCGCAGAAGUGAGGAAGUGAAAAAAUAUUAUUCAGAAACUGGUGACUAUAACCCCCCAAAUCAAGAUGCUAUUGAUAGAUUUAAACGUCUUCGUUGGGGUGCAUAUAUUCAUGCACGAGCUGGUCGAGCUAAACAUUUAUAUAGACGAAGUGAAUCUGAAUUAGAUCGGCGUUCCGAGCACAUUUUGACCAAUCGUGCAACAACGUUUUUAAUAAAUAAUUUGCUAAAUAGACAAUGGCGAACACCAAAAUAUUAUCCAAAUGAUAUUUAUGAACCAUAUCAUCAAAGAACCGGGGUCCCUUGGGAUUAUAAAUUGCGGAAACCCAAAUUCUUCCCUUGAAUGUUAAAUUGCUAUUUCGUUAAAUUUACACACAAACAUUUUAAUGAAAAUACCUUUUAUGAUUUAUCACGUUGGAAUUACAGUUUGCUGGAAGUAGUUUGAAAAUACUUAUGAUUGUAUUUCCAGAUUCAUUUUGUUUAUUCAAUCACAGCAGCUGUAUUCUAUCGGAAUUCAUGAAAAACAAACUGUUAUCAAUCAUAGUCAGUCUUUGAUAGAUAUGCGAUAUUUUGUAGACAGUUAUCGUUCUCUACAAAAGCUUUCAAAGUACCCUAUUGACAAGCAUCAAUCUCAGUAAAUCGACUGAUACUCUUUAUCUCCGAUGAUCUUCCAGAAGACAGUUUAAUGACUGAUAUUUGCUAAAAGAUAUCAAUGAAUAAAUAACGAAUUAAUAUAUCCCACUGAAAAAAGAACACUACAUGAUAACAACGUUGAUUAAUGCAAUUCUGAAAGUGAUCUGCAUCAAUGGAUUGGAAUGAACGUAUAGAUACUUAUUUAUACAAUCUAAUUUCAAUCGCCUAUUGAGUUCUUCAACUGCAGGAGUGCUGUUCUUGCUUUGAUAAAUCUCUCCUUUACGCCUGCAUUGGAUCCUCCUUGUUCAUCGAUGAUGAUGCUCAGUUUCAGCGAAAUGUGAAAAGGAAAAACUAAUAUUUGUCAGGCAAAGAAAACUCAUCGAAUAUGCCUUGAAAACUUUUACUGCAUCUUGAGCAAAAUUUUGGUUUCGUGACAGAUUAUUUCCUGAUGUUUACAAUUGAUCUUCCUCUAUUUAAUUUAUAUACAUUAGAUUUAAUUAGUUUUUGGUUGGUUAAUAACUCAAUGUUCAUCUUCAAUGCCACACCCAUUUUGCUGAAUUGCUUGCCUCAUUUAAAGCUUGAACUAUUGUUGUACAGAUAAUUUUGUAAAGUUCAUCACAAUAAAUAGGCUUUUUCUAACUUCUUCGCUUAAACGUCCGCUGUUGAGCAAAUCCCUGCUUAUUAAUAAUUAACGAAAGAACACCUGCUUAGUUC